AUGAGACCAAUGCAACCCGAUAAUCGAUUCGAGAUGUUACGCGCCCGAAUGCCAUUCCUGGCCCGCGGCCUCCUCAUUCAACUCCAUCGAUUAAUAUACUUUGCAAAGGGUUCGGAACGGAGGCGGAGUCUGAGAGCUGUUGGGCAGGACAAGACUUGGAUUACUCCAAGCCCAAGCAAGUUCCAAGCCCAAGAUGUAAGAAAUAUGUGCAGGACAAGGACGGGGACGUCAUGGUCAGGUCAAGUAAGGUCAAGUGUCAAGGACAAUAGCGAGCCCAUCCAAGCCCAGGCCCCCGAGUCCAAGGGAAAGGGAAACUUGCGCAAGUUUCAAUCGAAUAGUACUCAUCGAACGGUACCCCCCCAAGUUUCAAAUCUCAUCGCUCAUCAAAUGAUGUACGUACGUACGUUUUGCGCUGGACCCGUUUCCUUUGGGGGGGCCAUGGUAGUAACACCGGUUGAUGGGCGUUCCAACUCGCAAGUUCACUCAAAAACAAUCAAUUCAAUUAUCCACGACGGUAUCGAUUCCGAAUCCCAAGUCUACAGAUUAAAAAAAAGUUUCGAGAUCCCCCUUACCCGAUUCCGAAAUUUGCGAUUCCACGCCAAUUCCCAGAUCACCGGAACGCCCUACCAAGCCACGUGGGAGGAAAGGGUCCAUAUUUGGAGUGAGAGAUGUGAUCAUGCCACCCCCUCCCCUUAA